CAUCAAGAAAAACACAAAAUAUCAUCCUAAAAUCCAAACCUCUUCAAUUUUUAUCCUUAGCUUGUUCUUUAUCUUCAUCUUACAAGGCUAACAAAACAAAAAAAAUAUGUACAAAUUGGUAUUAAUUCUUGUAGGAAUAUAUUUCCUUAACAUGAAUGUUCAUGCCUUUGUGGGUUCUGGUUGGCAAAACGCUCAUGCCACCUUCUAUGGUGGAAGUGAUGCUUCUGGAACGAUGGGUGGAGCUUGUGGGUAUGGUGAUUUGUACACAGCUGGGUAUGGAACAAGGACAGCAGCUUUGAGUACAGCACUGUUCAACAAUGGUGCAUCAUGUGGGCAGUGUUAUAAGAUCAUAUGUGACUAUAAAUCAGAUCCAAGAUGGUGUAUUAAGGGUACUUCUAUUACAAUUACUGCUACCAAUUUCUGCCCACCCAAUUAUGCCUUGCCUAACAAUGCUGGAGGUUGGUGUAAUCCUCCUCUUCAACACUUUGAUAUGGCUCAACCUGCUUGGGAAAAAAUUGGUAUUUACAGAGGUGGAAUCAUUCCUGUUUUGUUCCAAAGGGUUCCUUGCAAGAAACAUGGAGGAGUAAGAUUUAGCAUAAAUGGAAGAGAUUACUUUGAGUUAGUAUUAAUCAGCAAUGUAGCAGCAGCAGGAUCAAUACAAUCAGUACAAAUCAAGGGUUCAAAAAACAACAAUUGGAUGCCCAUGUCUAGAAAUUGGGGAGCUAAUUGGCAAUCAUUAGCUUACCUUAAUGGACAAUCUUUAUCCUUCCAAGUUACUUUGACUGACGGUCAAACUCAAACUUUCAACGACAUAAUCCCUUCCAAUUGGCAAUUUGGACAAACAUUUUCAAGCAAACAACAAUUCAUCUAAACGGAAUCUAGGCUCAAACCUGCCUUGGUUAUAUAUGAUUCAGAUUAUUUGAUUAAAAGCACUUUUUAGGCAGAAAAAUAAUAGUCGAGUUGAUUCAGCAUAUUUUAUACAAGUAUUCUGAAUUUGCCCUUUACAGUUUUUGGGUUUCUAAGCCAUGAAAAAUUCUUGAUAGGCAGAGGCGUGCUCAUUGCUUUUUUCUUCUUUGAAGCUGCCCGCCAAAUCUAUCAUUUUGUAAUAUAUUCAUGGGCUUAAAAUUCCUAUUGAAUGGUUUGAAUAAAGUUGGGAGUUUUUGAG